GUACAUCACAGGGACACACAGGACCUUUUUGCUUCAGGUACCCGGGGUGACUCCCUGCACGGAAAAAUCCCAACUCUGUCCCCCCUAAAACGCUCCGACCCUCCUAACAGAAAGGAUUUGGUGUCCGAGCUCACGCUGGCCAGAGAUCAGCAGCAGCAGCAGCAGAGCAGAGGAGCAGGGAGCUGUCCGUGGUGCUGAAUUCACCAGCUAACAGAGAUCCCCAUUGCACACUCAUGUGCUUGGGCCGCUCCUGAUAGCUCCCAUUCCUAGCAGCGACUGACCACCUCCCCAAACCCAAGAUGGAUGACGAUGGAAGAUACAGAGAUGGCCGCCAGGAUUUCAUCCGUGGCGCUAAAGACAUUGCCAAAGUGGCUAAAAAACAGGUCGGCAAGAAGGUGGGGCGUGGCGUGGACAGAAUGGCCGACGAGUACAGCAAACGCUCCUACAAACGCUUCGAAGAGGAGGAUGAUGAUGACGACUAUGCAGGUGUGCCAAGUAACGAUGGCGGAUAUUACCGCAAUGACAGCCGAGCCAAUGAUGAGGAAGGCCACAGCGACUCCACUGAAGGACAUGAUGAAGAUGAUGAGAUCUAUGAGGGCGAGUACCAGGGAAUCCCAAGGGCUGACUCAGGUAAAGCUGGCAGUAUGGAUGGGGUGACAGCGGCGCAGGCACAACAGUUCAGGGAUCUGUCGGCCUACGAAGGCGAGAGGAGGAAAGACCAGGAGGAACUGGCCCAGCAGUACGAGACCAUCCUGCAGGAGUGUGGCCAUGGGAAGUUCCAGUGGACACUCUACUUUGUCCUCGGGCUGGCGUUGAUGGCAGAUGGCGUGGAGAUCUUUGUGGUUGGCUUCGUGCUGCCCUUUGCAGAGAAGGACAUGUGUCUAUCUGAGCCAAACAAGGGCAUGCUGGGUCUGAUCGUCUACCUGGGGAUGAUGGUUGGCGCCUUCGUCUGGGGUGGCCUGGCUGAUCGGAUCGGCCGGCGGCAGACCCUCCUCAUCUCCCUCUCUAUCAACAGCGUGUUUGGCUUUUUCUCGUCCUUCGUCCAGGGCUACAGCUCCUUCCUGUUCUGCCGUCUGGCCUCUGGUGUGGGUAUUGGUGGCUCAAUUCCCAUUGUGUUUUCCUACUACUCUGAGUUCUUGGCUCAGGAGAAGCGAGGAGAGCACCUGAGCUGGCUCUGCAUGUUCUGGAUGAUCGGUGGUAUCUACGCCUCUGCCAUGGCCUGGGCCAUCAUCCCACACUACGGCUGGAGUUUCCAGAUGGGCUCGGCCUACCAAUUCCACAGCUGGCGUGUCUUUGUGUUGGUGUGUGCCUUCCCUGCUGUGGCGGCCAUCUCUGCACUCACCACCAUGCCUGAGAGCCCCCGCUUCUACCUGGAGAACGGGAAACACGACGAGGCAUGGAUGAUUCUAAAGCAGGUCCAUGACACCAACAUGAGGGCGAAGGGUUACCCAGAGAGGGUUUUCUCUGUGACCACGAUCAAAACAGUGAAGCAGAUGGAUGAACUGGUGAACCUGGGCGAUGGUGCUGCCUGGCAUGAGAAAUGGAGGAUAAAGCUGACGACUCUUUUCCAUCAGGUGUGGAGUAACUUCCAGACCGUUUUCUCACCGCAGUACCGGCGCACCACCUACAUGAUGAUGGCCGUGUGGUUCUCCAUGUCCUUCAGCUACUACGGUCUGACCGUGUGGUUCCCUGACAUGAUCAAGUACCUGCAGAAACAGGAAUACGCCUCACGUACCAAGGUUUUCACCAAGGAGAAAGUAGAACACGUCACCUUUAACUUCACCCUGGAAAACCAGGUCCACCGCCAGGGAAAGUACUUCAACGACAAAUUUAUGAACUUGAAGAUGAGAUCGAUGGUGUUUGAAGACUCGCUGUUCGAGGAGUGUUACUUUGAAGAUAUCACCUCCAGCAACACCUUCUUCAAAAACUGCACCUUCAUCGCCACCCUCUUCUACAACACUGAUCUCUUCAAGUAUAGGUUGGUCAAUUGCAGACUCAUCAACAGUACGUUCCUACACAAUAAAGAAGGCUGUGUACUCAGCGACGUCAGCGAUGAAAACAAUGCCUACAUGGUCUACUUCGUCAGUUUCCUGGGCACCUUAGCUGUGUUGCCAGGGAAUAUAGUCUCUGCGCUGCUCAUGGACAAGAUUGGACGGCUGAGGAUGCUAGCGGGCUCCAGUGUGAUCUCUUGCGUCAGCUGUUUCUUCCUGUCCUUUGGCAACAGCGAGUCGGCCAUGAUUGCUCUGCUUUGCCUGUUUGGGGGAAUCAGCAUCGCUUCCUGGAACGCCCUGGAUGUGCUGACGGUGGAGCUCUACCCCUCUGACAAGAGAACCACCGCCUUCGGCUUCCUCAACGCCCUCUGUAAAUUAGCGGCUGUUUUAGGCAUAAGCAUCUUCACCUCGUUUGUUGGUAUCACCAAGGCCGUGCCCAUCCUCUUUGCCUCGGGGGCGCUGGCGGCAGGCAGUUUUCUGGCCCUUAAACUACCAGAGACCCGGGGUCAGGUGCUGCAAUAGUGUGGCGCCACCAACUUUCCAGGGGAGCGGAAGAGUUUUUCGCCACACUGUGAAUGAAGAGCUCAAGAGCCCUUAAAAUCCUACCCUCUAACCCCUCCUUCACGUUGAUAGAGUUACGUAAGUGCUCAUGCUUCAAGACAACACAGAGGAGCGACACAGAUUAGCUGUAGAUCUUGAUAGGUCCCAUCAUAAGAUUCCUUGAAAAAUACCUUGAGCUUAGGUAGAAUUACUGCUCUUGAGUAGUUGUCAAGUAAGAGGCAAAAGUCAAUCAGAGAGCAGCAUUUCAAUAUAAAAUUUCGAUUUGAUUCAUCCAGCUGGGGUUGGAGGUCAGGGGACGGGGGUUCUUGAUGAUGAGCCAUGGAAAUAGACUCAUAGAAAUGACCACUAGCCAUUGUUUCGGAGUUCUCUGUAGUCACCUCCAUCCUCCUGAGCAAAUUCAACUCACCUGUCAAGUCUUGAGUACUUUGCCAUUGUUGGACAUAGAAUCAAAAAUGCGACAUUCUCUGCCUUGAUUUGAAGCAUUUUUGACUUUUUCGGGGUAAAACCAAGACUCAACUCUCUUGGCUUUCUCUUUAACAAAGACCUCUCCUCAUUUUUUCUCUCCUAAAGGUCUUGUGUUGGUGUACAGACUAACUGCCAUUUUAUAGAUUAUAGAACAUUCCAGGUUUGCUUUUGUUGUUGUUAAAAUGUGGCGAGGAGAUCAAUCGAGGCUCUUUUUCUCCCUUUAAAACAUUGUUUCUGAUCACGCCAUGAGACAUUCAAGUCAUACGUUUCCCAUUUCAUGUUUUCAAUCUUGUGUCAUAAUCGCCAUUUCAUCACAAAGAUGAAGCCGUUUGUUCAAAUGUACAUUCGAAGCACAACCAUUUGCCAGUGUGAAUGUCCCUCAACAUUUUCUUGACUUGAUGAAAAUGUUAAAAAAACUCACAGUCACCAUUUUUCAAUCAUCCUGUGUAUCCCUUUGUAUGAAAUGCCUUUUUAGUACCUCCCCUAGACUUACAGUACGUUUGCCUCUUAUAAAACAUGUUUGGAGGGUGUUAUGCAUGUCAUAAAGUAUGUAUGUAAAUUUAUGGAAAUUGAGAAAACAACAUGUAAGUUACAUUUUUUGAAACCCUCCCAUGGCUUAAUUUUGUGUAAUAUUUUGACAUUUCCUACCCACAAAAUACAGCACAGUGCUUUUUUUCUGCUGUAGGUUGCAGUAAACAUUCACCCAAAGUAAAAUAGUAACACAAAUCACUCUUAUAAAACAUAAUAAGUGGACGUAAAGUGCAGGCACGAACUGUGUUCGGUGUGUAAGAGAUGACAGAUAAACUAUAAUCAGAUUCUUUGUGUGAACUGAAUGUUUAUAUUAAUGUGAGUGUGCUUCUUGGUGCAAUAUUGAACCUCUGUGCAAUAUUGGGAUUAUUUUUAUUUAUGUCUUCUAGCAUUUUACAUUCGGCAAAACCUUUUCUGGUUUGUGAAUGGUUGUGGGCUAGCUGUCUUAGAUUGACAAAUGAAUAUGAUGUGAUAAAAAAGGACAAGCAUCACCUGCAGAGAGUAGCAUCAGGAGGGUGUUUGCACCAAAAAUUUAAACUAGCAGCAGAGUUGUCCUCCUUCCAAUUUCCUAAACGUGAGAUGUGUAUGUACUGGAACAGUAGUGAUUUAUUGCAGUCUUAAUGAUGAUUCUGCUCAUGGGGUAUGGCUUUGGAGUGCACUGGACCUUGUGUUUACUUGUGCUUUAUCAUAUUAUUAUAUUAUACAAAUGUAGCUAGAUAUAACAUGAGAUUCACCGUAGAGAACUCACUGCCAAGGGCUGCCUGUCAUACAUCCCACAUUGGUAAAAGCACAGCGAGUUGGCAAAAAUGACAACAUUCCCCCUGAACUAGAGAAGCAAACGUGAUGCGUUCACAAUUACAUGUUAAAACACAAAAAACAACAAAAGUUCUCAUCAAGACUGCCAUUUUUGUAGGAUAGCAGCCAUACACAGACUCAAGAAUAAAUAGAAGACCCAUUGCACUAAAUGUACUGUCGUACAUGCACAAUUGUGAAUGCCUUGAGUGCUUCAAGACACAAUCUGAUGCAGCCUUGCUAUAGAGGUAUAAAAAUAACAAGGUGUUUAGCAAGAGCACAAAGACCAAAAUCAACCAAGAUUGUCAACAUGGGUGAACAUUAGGUGCUUUGAGCUUUGACGACCUGCCCCCUUGGAUUUCGAUCCCUCUCACUGAUUUUAUGUCCCAAAUUUGACAUCCAAUCCAUUAUCUAUGAGUGUGCCAUCUCUCAUUAAUUAUUGCCAAAUAUUUUGUAUGGCCUGAGUUUACACAUUACACCAUCAGUUCUCUGUUAUAGAUAUGAAAAUAUGUAAAUAAAAGUACUUAUAAUGUAACUAAUGAGAUAGCUCUUCAAAGCUUUGGACCCCUGGAAAUUUGCAGUGAGAGUCGGUCUCUUUCAAUGAAUCAUGCAAAACAAGAAGUGGAAUCAUUUUUAGGACUUUCACAGGUCACCUGAAACCCUAUCUUAUUUUGCAUGAAACUCUGGCUUCAUUAGCCUAAACGGCCAGCACAUGAGAGAGGAAAAUCAGCCCAAAUUCCCUUUUCAAAGCACACUGAUAGUAUGUAAAACGCACAUUAACUGUACAAACAAAAAAAGCUAAGCAUCAGCAGUCCUAUUCUUCGUAUGUUGUCCUGUAUCACCCAUGAAAUUAAGAACAACGAUGUCAAGAUAACUUGUAUUUGUUUGAAAUGGAUUGCCAUUAAAGCGCUAACCUGUCUCAGUGACUCAGUUCAGGCUCCUUCUAAGUCUAAAUUGUCUGGUAGAUACAUAUCUUAGCUUAUGUUACAGGGUUUUUUGUAUAAUUAACUUGUUGCCUGAGCAACAGUCAAUUGUGAGUGCAAAAAGUUAACAAAGCAAUAAGUGUUUGGGUAUUUGUCUCCUGUUCUCUUCUUUGAAGCUAUUGGGAAUGGGAGCACAUGACUUUAUGCUGGCCUUGUCCUCUAAAAUGCUGAGUGUUGGCUUAAUAAUGACACAGGACUUAACAGCUAACAUUUGUGUGUACUCUCUAAAACAACCCUGAGUCUUGAGGCUUUUGUCAAUAAGAUUGCAUUGCCAUUAAUUAAAUGUAACAAAGAAUUUAUCACCUUUGUCAUUGUACUGUGCUGUAGAAACUGUAGUUGAUUGUUUGUAAGUAUAGAAACUGUUUGUGGAACCAUGAAUAUAUAAAAAAGUUAUAUAAAAAAGAAGUGUAAAUGAACAAUGAUGUAUGUUGUCUUUGAUUUUGUGUAUUUUGUAAAAAAUGAGGAUGAAAUCUAAGUAAAUACAUCAAUGUUAAAUACUGGUUAUGAAUCAUAGUUAGCCUAAAUGUGACAACAUCAGUUCUGUUUAAAGGUGUGUGAGAUUUUUUCUUAUAUUUUCUCAUUGUUGAUUUUUGAUCGGGUUUGCACUCUGCUGUGCGUCUGACCCUUUGGAAUCACAAUGGAUAACAAAGAACCAUGAAGAAUAAACAA